AGAACGUCAGUACAGUACUCCACCUUUACUUUUCCUUUCGCUCCCUUGCCCUAUUUCUUCGGACAACGAUGCAGGUAGUUCGCAGCCAAGCAUGUUCCCGCUUUAUGUCCAGGUCUACGGUGCAUUCUAGACUUCUACCCUCUCACGUCCAAAAACAGCUCUCUCUUCGAGUGAUUUCGCGGGCAUUGGCGACAACUUCUGAGCCUGCAACAUCGGGUGCACCAAGUCCUCCGCCUUCGCCUCCCAAACAUCCAAAGUGGAAAGGCUUUCUCCAAACUUUAGGGCGUGUAACUCUUGUCACAAUCAUUGCAGCCACGGGAACAUUUUACUAUGUCACCCAAAAGGACCGUCAUCCUGGAACGCAGCUUCCAUUCGAUCCCGAGAAGAAAACUCUAGUUAUUUUAGGAAGUGGCUGGGCUGCUACCAGUCUCCUCAAGGGACUGGACACCACUCAUUACAACACUAUUGUUGUCAGCCCAAAGAAUUUCUUCCUCUUUACGCCAUUACUUCCUAGUGUGGCCGUUGGCACGUUGAAUGCACGAUCUAUCCUACAACCCACGAGAUAUAUCACGCGCUUCAAGAAUCGUCAGGUUUCCGUAAUCGAAGCCGAGGCCAAAGUUGUUGAUCCCAUUAACAAAACAGUGACCUUCUCAGACGACUCGGAGAUCCAAGGCAAAGUAUCGUCGACUACAAUUCCUUAUGAUUACCUCGUAUAUGCCGUCGGUGCUGAAACUCAGACUUUCGGAAUCCCUGGAGUCAAGAAGCAUGCUUGUUUCAUGAAGGAGUUGCAUGACGCUGAGCGGAUGCAAAGGCAGUUCAUGGACUGUGUUGAGUCUGCUGCGUUCCCUGGUCAAAGUGAUCAAGAGAUCGAUCGUCUUCUCCAUAUGGUGGUUGUUGGUGGUGGCCCUACAGGAGUGGAACUCAGUGGAGAGUUACACGAUUUCUUAGAGGAUGACCUCAAGAGUUGGUACCCCGAGCUUGCCAGCAGAAUCCGAAUCACGCUGGUCGAAGCUCUUCCUUCCGUGUUGCCUAUGUUCAGUAAGAAAUUAAUCGACUAUACUGAAUCCACGUUCAAGGAAUCGAAGAUCGAUAUUCUCACCAAAACCAUGGUGAAGGAGGUCAAAGAUAAAAGUGUGGUCUUGCAGAUGCCCGACAAGAGCAUCGCAGAAGUACCAUGCGGCAUGGUUGUCUGGGCUGCGGGAAACACAGGGCGACAGGUGACGCGGGACCUGAUGGCGAAAUUGCCAGAGGAGCAGACUAACAAGCGUGGAAUUACCGUUGAUGAUCAUCUAAUGAUGAAGGGGUCAAAUGGCAGUAUAUUUGCCGUUGGAGACUGCACAGCUUCUUCGUAUGCUCCCACUGCCCAAGUUGCAUCUCAGCAAGGCGCAUACCUCGCUCGCAUUUUUGCAUUGGUAGCCAAGAAAGAUAACCUCGAAGCGCAGCUCGUCAAGUUGGAAGGGACGACGGAGCCUGAAAAGCAGGCUGAAGCCGACCGUAUCAGGAAACAAAUCGACAAGAUUAAACUGAAGCCUUUCCACUACUCCCAUCAAGGCUCUUUAGCUUACAUUGGAUCAGAAAAGGCCGUUGCAGACUUGCCCAUUUUUGGACAUGAGUGGGCCAGUGGAGGCGUGGCGACGUACCUUUUCUGGCGAAGCGCGUACCUCAGUACCCUAUUUUCCUUGCGUAACCGCACCCUCGUUGCGUCCGACUGGUUAAGAGUCAAGCUCUUUGGACGUGACGUGAGCCGCGAUUGAAAGGCGUGCCUUUAUUAUCGAUAAACUUUAUGCGACAUAGACAUAGACGCUAGAGCCGCACUUAGAGAGCGGACAUGCUCAUAGACAUUUCUAUUGGUAUUAGUAGUUUUUUCUAUACGCAGUAAUUAUACUCGAGCUUGAUUAAGGCUGUGAAGCCUUGCAUUCUACUAUGCAGUGGUUUCUUAGUAUCCCGAGUUUGCGCCCCCCAUUUUUUCCCCCUUUGGAAUAGAACCCACUAGGUUACUGUGAUUUUACUGUAGUGACGGUUGACACUUCACUGGUACAUGUAUGACAUUCACGUCCAAAACCAACGUCUCCGCCGCUGAGUUUCAAGCCGAAGGACUCUGAAAUUCAACCGGAAGACCAACUUGAAUGGAAGUCUUUCAAGUUGCCAUACAACACAUCACAGCUCGCCAAUAUUGGUUUUAUCACAAAAACUUCUAUAUUAUAUAUCCUCGAACAUGGUGCGUCAAGGAUCAUUGAGCUUGAAAUCUUCAGGUUUAAUGAAGCCUUGAACAACCAUGGAUAUCCUCGAGCUUUGUGUUAACUUCGUGCGUAAUCUCUUUCUACCGUCGGGGUUGUCGCCAUGUAAUUGUUCUGCGUUCAUGGAUCCAACGUCUUCUACCUCAUAAUUACGCAGGUGGAGCACUGUGUGGCUUUAUCUAGCUUUCGAGACAGUUAUAAGGAGUGGUAAAGAGUGCUGCCGAGCUCUACAUUCCACCAUAGUCCUUUUCGUGCUGAAACGAUUAAGGUCAGGGGAGGUUAUAUCGAGUUGACGCCAGGGGCGCAGUAAUCUCCGAGAAAUUUCGGUGCCUGCGAAUGGAUUUUGAUAGGCAAAUAAUUCGUUUCCUACGGAGAUAGACCACUGGUUUGUGCGCAGUGCUAGUAUAUCCAAACCAGUCCAGGAAUUGCAACAACAUCAGAUUCUUGUUUUAGUAGCGUAGGUAGAGAGGGAAGUACUAAUGUAAUGCUCCGUCUUGCCCAGCAUAUAGUCCGGGCCUUAUUCGCUGUGG